AUGGUAAACAGGUAAGCUUACGAAUCAUAUAUAAAAAAAUAGUAGUUGACAUUAGUUGUGGGUUAUCCCAUUCUUUGUUACAUAAUAUACUGACAGGAUAUAUGAGGAUCAGACACAGGUGUUAAUAAUUUUCCUAAGUACUUUCUACAUUGUUCAUCAAACUUCAGAUCUAGCCCCAACCCAGUGUGGGGGAGAGGGGUCAUGAUCCCCUAGAAAAUAUCCUUUUUUAGGGUCUGCAAAACACUAUUAGUUCUCUUUUAUUUCCGCAGGAGGAAACCCAAAGUGGGAUUGUUUGAUAUUCUGAUAGUUCUGAAAAUUUCAUCUUCAAAAUGUUAACUCGUUACUCUGGUUUAGUUGCGCUCCCCCCCCCGGCUCUCCCCUUGAUGAUUAAAAUCGCCUGGCGUUAGACAGAAUAAAAUAAUAAAGUGAGGCACAUCAGGGCUCAAUGCAACUUAAUGGGUGAAAGUGCGACUGACCCCAAGUAUGAUUUUUUGUGUCGGUGAAAUUACUUCAGGUCCUUCUAUAGGAAGAAAUGUAAUUGCAAAUCUUUGGAGUAAAAACCUCAUCUUGAUAAAAUUACCAGAGACGAUGCCGCCAGAUAAACUCAUGAGGCGAAUUAAUUUGCAUUUCAUUCUACGGUGGAAAAGUCGAUGAAGUCUUGAAUAUACUAAACACCGCACACAAAGAAUGUUCCCCACGAAAUAUAUCAGCAUACGUUCUGAACAUGAGUCCUUGGGACCCUGAUAAUCACCCUUAGCACUAAUUAGACCCAUGCAUGGUAUGCUGUGUCAAGAACGGGUCACUCAUGCUUGAAAGAACGACUUAACCUCCAUUGAAUACAAAAUACUCAAUUGCAAAAUUAACAUGUUAAAUGUAGUAUGAUCAGAUUCAUCGAUUCACUACUCAGCAAGCCUAUUCGUUGAUAACCAUAAAAUGUACUGAAAUAGUAUAAUCAUUCUUCACACAGCGUUAAGCAAACUACACACAAACGUAAAAACACACAAACUGUUACAGGUCUGCAAACAAGUUGUUGCAAAACUGUUCACAGGCAGUCGACUUUAUUCGCACUGCUUGUUCCCAGUUGUUGUAACAAGUUUGGUACAAGCUGUUAACAAGUGGUGACAAGCUUGAUUGCAUUAUCAGACUUGCUACAAGGUUGUUCUAACAAGUCUGAUACAGUCAUGAUAUAACAAGAAUGUUACAAGGUUGACGACACAAGGUUGUAACAAUAUUAUUAUAUCAUGACUGUAUCGAACUUGUUGGAACAACCUUGCAACAAGUUCGCUAAUAUCAACAAGGUUUUACAAGUCGUUAACAGCUUUUUCCAAACUUGUUGACAACUUGUGACAAGCAGUGCGAACACAACUUGUUGACGGCCUGUGGCGGACUUGCUAAAGAUGUGAGAUUUUUGCAUGUGUAUCAUAGGUCUAAUUAGUUCUAGGUGUUAUUAUCAGGGACUCGUUUGUUUAGAACGUACGCUAGUACAUUUAAGGGAGAGGGGGCUUUCCUUUUGUGCAGUGUUUGCAAAGAUAUAUUCCAUUUCUUCUUAGACUGACCAAAAUACUACACAUAAAAAAAUCGUAUUUGUGGUCAGUAUAUCUCCGGAGGACUUACAUUCACGACCAUCAAAGCUCAAGGAUUAUCCAAAGCGCAGCUCCUUAAAACUCGAGGGAUGAUGUCAAUGGGUCAAGAAGGUGACAGAAUCUUGUUACCAGACAGUUACCAUCAUUCCUAUUCUAAGCAUGAUUCAUAUUUAUAUGCCAUAUGCUUUUAUCGGCAAAUCUCCGUCUAGCCAUAACGAUUGUUUGCGGUGGACAAUCAGCAUAUAGGCGUACGAGAUAGGCGGCCUGGGCCUGGGGGCUGCAGCCCCCCAGUCAGGGUAUGUUUUAGUCCAAUAGAUGCUACAUCGGGCAAUUUGCCAAGCCUGCUCGGCAUAAUGCAUUUUGUCAUGAUAUCAAUGUUUACAAUUAGUUGGAAAAAUAAAUGACAUAUUAGGGCCAUUUAUACGUGACAAAAUAAGUCGCGACUUACAUAAGACGCGACUUAAAUAAGUGGAGUUAUCGCAUAAAUGGUUCUCUACGGCUUUGGUCUUAUUUAUUUGCUAUAGCUAUAAUGUUGUUUUGGUUGUUUUUGUUUUAAUAUGCAAGGCUUUAAAUUUUACGUUGUUUCAAGUUUCUGGCAUGUGUAGUUAGAAUUUUUGUCCAAAAUUUCUUAUUUAAGACGCGACUUAAAUAAGAACAGCUAAAAGACCUGUUCUUAUGUAAGACGCGUCUUACAUAAGAAUUUUGUACCUUUUAUACCACAAACUCGCGUCUUACUUAAGUCGCGUCUUAUCUAAGUCGCGUCAUAUUUUUGUUCCGUAUAAAUGGCCCUAUUGACACACGCAAAAAUCUCACAUCUUGUAACAAGUCUGGCAACAAGCCGUCAACAAGUUGUGUUCGCACUGCUUGUCCCAAGUUGUCAACAAGUAUGGAACAACUUGUUAACGGUUGUAAGAACCUUGUAGAUAUUAUCAGACUCGUUGCAAGCUGUUGUUCCAGCAAGUCCGAUACAGUCAUAAUAUUGCUAUACAACCGUGUGUCGUCAACCUUGUAACAUUCUUGUUAUAUCAUGACUGUAUCAGACUUGUUAGAACAACCUUGUAACAAGUCUGAUAAUGCCAUCAAGCUUGUUACAAGUUGUUAACAGCUUGUUCCAAACUUGUUCCAACAACUCGGAACAAGCAUUGCGAACACAACUUGUGAACAGAUUUGAACCCAUGAUAAUGUUGGGCAAUUUUCAUCAAUGUCGGGCAUCGUUUUGUCUGCAUCCCUAAUUUUUCCAGCCCGUAUGCCUAACACAGAUAAGAUAGAUAAGGCCUGGGACCAAUGCAUUGCUAAUAUACAUAACCACAAAUUUUGCAUUCUAAUUAAAAAUUCAAGCUAAAACGCAUAAAUUAUACAUUUGAUCCUUUAAGCGCCCUGCGAUGCGAACAGACGAAGGUCCGGAAAUACUAGCAAAACAACAUAGUGAUACCGACUCAUACGAGGUCACAACAUCGCUAGAGCUGGGCGGAGUUGAAUACUUAUUUUCUUGAGGACUAGACAGAAUUCAUAGCGAGGUAAUGUUUGAUUUAAAACAACUUUGAAGUACAAUCUUAUCGCAUGUUUUAUCUAGAAUAUAUAUCGUCGCUUAUAUUGCGAUAUUUUAUCGCAAAAAUGCCACGGUGCUGUUUCAAUUCUAAAAGUGUACAACGCGCCAUGGUGAGUUAGCGCUGUGGUCUGAUUAUAGAACCCAAUCGCUCUUUGAAACAUUCCUUGUACUUUUAUCCGGGGAAUGGGACAGUCCGUUAACCAAAAUUUCCUUGGAUAAAUACGGAUUUAUUAGGUUCAAUACAGUGCUUACGAGCGAAUACAAGGGUCAAGAGAACCGUUUUAAAUUUGAAUCCAUUAGUCUGCUAAUAUUUUAUACUACAAUAUUUAUUGUGAUGAUAACACUUAGAUGUAUGUAUAUAAGAGUGAUAAAGCUUGUUUAAAGGAACAGGGUUGCUAUUAAGCUCGAUAACUAUUAAAAUAUAGACCGCAAAGUACGGCAGACAUAAGAAAAUCGCUUAAUAGUAACGUAAACAAAACUGUUCCAGAAUAUGCGCUUAAUUUAAUCGCUGUAUAUUAAGUAUUCGAAGAAUGUAUAGCGAGGGGUAACAUUUGAAGAACGGUACAUUUUUACUUUAGGUGUACAUUUUCGAACAUAUGGUGGUUGAAGCACAUUUAUACUUCGAUAAAUGAUAUCGUUAAACUCGACUUGAAUUGCUUGAAUGAGUGUCUCGUGACACAGUAUGACCUACUGCAUAUAUCAUCGAAUUUCUCUUUCUGUUGCAUAACAUUUUGUCGUGUUUUAUAAUCAAUUUGUCUAUAACAAAAUUGAUCGAAGAAUACUCUAUGUUGCAAAUAACAUUGGAUAAUGUGUUCUAAUCUGUCGUCGAAUAAUAUGUUUAAAUUAAACUAUUGACUCAGCUCAGGAAAUAUGCUUUGGUUUAUAGUUCUUAAUUUAACAGUGUAUAUAAAUACUGAAUUGUAUAUAAAGAUUCUGCUUGAUAAACCGUAUUGUGGUGAUGCGUGUAUUCAAUUUUACGUGCAUAUAGUUCUUGGUUACUACCGAUUAGACUUUAGUCUCGGUAUCCGAGUCCAACUACAAGUGACGUUUAAUAUUAUUCUUAUGCAAAUAACCUUAUAAUACAUGUAAUUAUUAUACAUAUUUUCCAGUAGUUUCUAGCCACCGUGCUAUCUCAUGACAUCGUUACAAACUAUAUACUCCUCGAUAUAUUCCUUCCUUACAUCGUUUGCACUUCUAUACAUAUAUAAAAUCAGCCUUUUCACGCAGUAUUAGUUGAAACUGGCUGUAACAAAUCAGUGCCUCAAUGGCAAUGGCAUGCAUCUAUUAUAUACAAGCUAUAUAAUGAUUAAUGGGCUUGGUUACUUACACCCACAAAAGAGUGGUGUAGUUUUAAUACAUGAAUACAAAGAAUAAAGUAUGUGAAAUAUGCUUUGGGUCGUAGCGGUCGUAAAGAUUGAGUCAUGAUCUUUCUCAUCAGCCGAAAUACAACAUUUUAGAACUGAAAAUACGCGGAGUGAUUAUAACUAGAGAAUACUUAUAAUUUAUAUGUGGUUUACAGGUAUAAACUAUUAUAAACUGGCCAUUAUAAACUGGCUCAAAUUUAUUAAAUAUAAUUAUUAAAAUGCAAACUGGUUAAUGGCAUAGAGAAAUUUGCCAAUAAUAUUUACAAAUAGACAAAUGCAACACCAGGGCCAAAAACAUCAAACGUCUAAAACUAAACUCUAAAGGCUGGCCGUUUACACUAUCAAAGUUUCUGUGAUCACAGCAGGAAUUUUGCAUAGGUAUAAAUUCUUGGAUUUCUAAGAAAUGUUUGAGGAAACUGACUCGGUUUUUGUAAACACCAAAUCCUUUACAAAUCCUUCAAAACUUAGAAUUACCAGAUGUUAGUUAAACCAAGCUUAAGAUUAAAUUCACAUUAAUGACCACAGACAUUAAUUUGUGGACCGUAAUUUAUUCAAAAUAUUAAGCCAAUGUCAAUAAACCAAGUCUGCAGACUUAAAGCCAGUAUAAGUUAUGUAAACUGAGAUAGAAAAUUGAUCUGUUUAUAAUCAAUAUGCCUUGGUUGACCCAUAGUAUUUUUUUACGUCAAUUAAGUAGGCCUACAAACAAACUGUUUUCGGCGUAUCAAGUAACAAUAGAGUAUAGGAUUUCGUCUUAUUUCAAAGAAAAACAUGGUUUGUAUUUCGGCCAUUUGAUAGGAUCCGAUUAUUUUGAUUAAAAUUUUGUUAAUGAUGGUCAAGUGCAGCUUUAUAGGUCAAGCAUGACAUACGCCCGUAUUCUAAAAGCUCACUCACACUCAAUGAGUGGAGGUUCAAUCUGAGCUUUUCUUGAGUGUCAAUGCUGUUUUUGAAUAGCUGGAGGGUGAGUAGUCACAUAGUAAGGUACGACACUAACCCUCCAGCUAUUCAAAAACAGCAAUGACACUCGAGAGAAGCUCAGAUUGAACUCCCCUCAUUGAGUGUGAGUGAGCUUUUAGAAUACGGGCGUUAAUCUCAUAAAACGGUAGACAGGUUGUUCUAGAUAAUAAGCUGUUAUCAGGGUGUGUUCGCAUUUCCCACUUGUUGACAAGUUAUUACAAGCUUGUUGACACGUUGUUACAGACUUGCAGCGACUUAUUACAAGGUUGUUCUGUGGAUAACAAGUUGAUAUCAGAUUGUACUCGCACUGCUUCUAUUUCAUGUUCUUGCACGAUGUUCUUGUAUUUCAUGUUCUUCCCCUAAAUGUUUCAUGAUUUUUUUUUAAGGGAUCUGCCACCCCUCACCCCUCUGCCCCGUCGGCUUUGAUAUUUAAUGGUUUGGCCCUUCGUUCUUUUGGUUUGUUUAAUACAGGGUCCCAAAAAAAACUCCCCCUUUAAAAAUCACCGCUUGUGCGUUAUUAUACCUUGCGAAUUUAAUUUAAUUGUACAUGAACGGCGGAAGUAUUUACAACUUCGCUUCGUCCAAAUAAUUUAACACUUCGGUACGCUUUGCGUCGACGCAUAAGUUGUUACGACAAAUAUUCUUUGCUCUGUAGUCGGUUCAACCGUUACUCGAAUUGACGGUAAGACGAAUUUGUGAUUUGACAUUUUUGUGUUGCUGUUCGUUUUAGAAGCUAUUUUAAAUUCCCAGAGAUGUAUACCAACGCACGUUUAACAACAAGAGUGAUUUCUAUAGGGGGACUUUUUUGAUACGCUCUGUAUAUCGCUAUAUUAGGCAUGUUUUAUACUUCGAAUUUUGGUCGCGUCGAAUGCAAUUAAGACAAUAGAUAAUGAGAUGAUAAACCUCAUUAAGCUUCAUUAUCUAUUGUUUGAAUUGCAUUCGACGCGUCCGAAAUUCGACGUAUAAAACAGGCCAAAGCCCGCUUCCUUUGUUGGUUAAAUAAAACCGCUUCCCACUCCUACGCGACAAGUCUUUCCAAGCUUUAAAAAGAAGCUUUAUAUAUCAUUCACAGCUUGACGUAACCUGGAAACAGUAGCCAAUAGAUAAUAUCAAGUACCAUUUUGCUGUAACGGAUGUUUGAUGACAUCCCUUUUCCUUUUAAGUAAAUAUAUAUUUUGAAAAAAGUUUUUUUGUUGAUUUUGCCUUGUCAAUGUUCCUUAAAAUGGCGUAAAAACAGUGGGGGGUUUGGUCUUAUGUGUAAAAUGUGCAAGAAUAUACCUAUAUAUUUAUUAUUAUGGAUAUUAUUCUAAUGAGAACACAUUUCUAAUACGGAUCUGUAAUCUGUCCUAUACCUAUUAUGGACAUUUUCCAAUAUAUACCGACAUACAUAAUUCCAAUAUAAGACAAUACUUAAUUGAACUCUCUCGAAAGGGGUUUUUCAGAGUCAAUAAAUUAGAAAAAAUAUUGUAAACUAUAUGAUAGUGAAAAUACACAAAAUUCUAACUAAAAUGAAAACCAUAAAAGAUUUAUAUGCUUAUCACUUUGAAAACUUAAAUAUAGUACAAUGUUUCCCUAAUAGAUAUUUAUCUCAUAUAUUUUCCUUUAGCAAAACCUCAUCAUUAUAAAACAGAAACCUUAAACCCGUCUUAAUACCCUAACAUAUGGACACUUAGCUAUCUCUCCCAGAGGAAUACAAUAUAAUUACCUUACAUGAAGCAAUAUACAGCUAUUUCAAUUAAGGCUGUCCACGAGCAAAGCGGAAAAGUCGAAUACGACCGCGAAAGGCUGCUGGGAAUCGCUAACAAAUUAAUGAAUUUUCAAAGCGGUUCCCAGCAGCCUUUCGCGCUCGUAUUCGACUUUUCCGCUUUGCUCGUGGACAACCUUAAUUGAAAUAGCUGUAUGUCUUUAUAAAGACUGUAAGGCCAAGAUAAAUCCUGAAGUACUCACAGUAGUUACAAUCUCACAGGAUUAAAAACAAAUUUUCUACUGGAGGCUAUAUCAAUAUUCUCGUCCCGAACUGUUCCGCGGUUGUAAUUUAUAGGUAUCGAGUUAGUAGAAUUAUUUGGUAUUCAAUAAUUUCAAUAAUCAGGUAUUUGGCAAUGUAGAUAUUCAAUCAGUGUAAUAUUCAGAAUUAGCUAUCCAACAUCAAAAAAUGCCUGGAAAUUUUUCAGCAAAAAUGUAGAUCCCCAACAAAAGUUCUGGGAACUAUAAGGUUUCACUGUUUCCACAUUCAAUGAAUCAAUAUACGACAAAAUAUUCAAGAGGAGAUUUUUUUGUAUGUUACGUAACACGCGCUCAAAACUAAUGCGUAUAAUAUACCACUUGAGGUUAUAACUAAAUUCAAAAUUUUUAUUUUUCAAUACGUUUCUCAAUCGGCAAACAAACUUAAAAAGUAUGUUUAGUGCUUAAUCUGUAAAAUAAUGCUAAAAUGAAAAGAUUUUAGAUGGUACGCCAAAGAGAAAAUGAUGUCUGAACUGUAUAAACUAUAAGAAUAAAGCUAAAACAAAGUAAUUUUGAAAGGAACGCCAAAAAGACUUUAGGUUUUGAACACUUCUCAUUGCAAAUACGUGACAUUGAAAAAACUGCCUCUUAAUAAAAUACUGAUAUGUUUGCGUUCAACUUUCAGAUUUCGAAAUGUCUCACACCAAACUAAAGUUGGUUAUAGUCGGAGACGGUGCUUGUGGCAAAACCUGCUUACUAAUGGUCUUCCGGAACAACGAAUUUCCGCCCGAUUACGUUCCGACGGUUUUCGAGAACUACGUCAAAGAACUAACGCUCGACGACAGAGACAUUGAACUCGAAUUAUACGAUACCGCUGGCCAAGAGGACUACGACAGGCUCAGGCCGCUUUCGUAUCCCGGAAGUGACGUAAUACUCGUGUGUUAUUCCGUGGACUCGCCGAAUAGUUACGACAACGUGAAAGAGAGAUGGGCUCCGGAAGUCGAGCAAUUUUGUCCACGGGUGCCCGUGGUACUUGUAGGUACUUAGAAAUUUCUACCUUAGCCUACCCGUAGACAAUAUUAGAGAACGGUCAUUAUUUAUUUGGGGUGGGGGUAGGGGUAGGGUAGGGGGAACCGAAGAGAAAUGUUUUCUUGGUGAAUAUUUCGCUGAUCCAACCAUUAAAAAGUCAAAACAAAUUUACCCAAACUCAAAUAGCAAUUAAAAAAUAAAUACCCACCCUAGCCAAAAACGUUACCAAAGUUGUGAAUUGAGUUUGAUAACUGUUUGUGCAAUUUUCUGCAGUCUAAAGUUUCAUGUUGUCUACAAAUGUACUUUCUUUGGAGGCACCAUUUGCCCAAAUCAGAAAAUGAUCAAGAUAGUGACUCUGAUUUAUUCACAUAUUAUAUUGACAUAUGACUGUUGACAUUGCUUUUUAGUCUUCAAUAUUUGAGUGAGUCAUGCUUUGGAAAAGACAAUAAAUUUUUAUUAUCCAACCCUUGAGUUGUUUCGUUUUUCAUUUACCCAACCUUUUACUCACUCAAAAUGUUGUUAGAACAACCUUGCAACAAGUUUGAUAAUAUCAACAAGGUUUAUACUUGUUGACAACUUGAGACAAGCAGCGCGAACACAACUUGUUGACGGCUUGUUGGCAGACUUGCUACAAGAUGUGAGAUUUUUGCGUGUGAACACACGUGAAAACGCACAAGUUGUAACAAACUCGCAGCAGACUUGUAGCAAUGUUGUUCCAACAACUUGUCAAUAGGAUGUGUUCGCACUGCUUGUUCCCAGCUUGUUCGAGUUGUUAACGGCUUGUUGACAACUUGCUACAAGGUUGUUGAGCUCAGCAGACUUGUUACAAGUUGUUCCAACAACUUGUCAUCGUCCUACAAUUCAACAAUUUGUCAACAAGUUGUGAGUGACAACCUUGUAGCAACUUGAUAAAAUAACAGCACCGCAUUGUUACAACUUGUUGACAAGCUUGCUACAAGCCUGUUGCGAACACAUCUUGUUGACAAGUUGUGAUAUUUCUACGUGUGCACACUCGUAAAAAUCUCACAUCUUGUAGCAAGUCUGCCAACAAACCGUCAACAAGUUGUGUUCGCACUGCUUGUCCCAAGUUGUCAACAAGUUUGGGACAGGCUGUUAACAACUUGUAACAACCUUGUUGAUAUUAUCAGACUUGUUGCAAGGUUGUUGCAACAAAUCCGAUACAGUCAUGAUAUAACAAUAUUAGGGCCAUUUAUACGUGACAAAAUAAGUCGUGACUUACAUAAGACGCGACUUAAAUAAGUGGAGUUAUCGCAUAAAUGGUUCUCUACGGCUUUGGUCUUAUUUAUUUGCUAUAGCUAUGUUGUUGUUUUGGUUUCCUUUUUGUUUUAAUAUGCAAGGCAUUAAAUUUUACGUUGUUUCAAGUUUCUGGCAUGUGUAGUUAGACUUUUUGUCCAAAAUUUCUUAUUUAAGACGCAACUUAAAUAAGAACAGCUAAAAGACCUGUUCUUAUGUAAGACGCGUCUUAUCCAAGACGCGUCUUACAUAAGAAUUUUGUACCUUUUAUACGACAAACUCGCGUCUUACUUAAGUCGCGUCUUAUGUAAGUCGCGUCUUAUUUUGUUCCGUAUAAAUGGCCCUAUUGUCACAACCUUGUGUCGUCAACCUCGUAACAUUCUUGUUAAAUCAUGACUGCAUCGGACUUGUCAGAACAACCUUGUAACAACCUUGUCUGAUAAUGCGAUCAAGCUUGUUACAAGUUGUCAACAGCUUGUUCCAAACUUGUUACAACGACUGGGAACAAGCAGUGCGAACACAACUUGUCGACAGCUUGUGAACAGAUUUGUAAGAACUUGUUUGCAGACCUGUGACAACUUGUGCGUUUUUACAUGUGUACCUUAAACGAAUAAUGCUUCCACUAAUAUUACAAUUUAGGUUUAAAGAAAGAUCUUCGAGAUGAUCCGAGCACGAUAGAAGAUCUCAAAGACGAAGGCGAGGAACCAGUGACCUUGGAACAAGGCAGAAAAAUGGCGACCGAGACCGGAGCGGCCGCGUUUUUAGAAUGUUCAGCGCUAAAACGUGAUGGCGUGCAAGAUGUCUUCGAAGCUGCAAUACGCGCCGCCGUCGUCAGGAAGAAAGGUAAAGGUUGUUGCACGAUUCUGUAG